AUGGGUUAUCAAGGGAGCGGAUUUAUUCACGCUUGCCUUGGCUCUACGCAACCUCCCGACUCCGUUCAUGGGCCAUGUCAGGUCUGCCAUCUGACCGUGUCCCCGUCGUCUAGAACACCUCAUGUACCACCACCAGGAGACCAGAUGGCCCCGGCUACCACACGACAAUUGGCCUGUCUGGGAGGUCCCAUCUCACUGGCCUUCUGUGCUUCUGCUGCAAUGCUCGGCUACCUGCCAUGUCCGCAGAGCAUGUCGGGUCUACCAACCAGCUAUUCACCUCCGCCUUCGAAGGCGGCCGCCAAAUUGGUCAAUCAUCUCCUUGGUCCAAUGGAUGCUUUCUCGAACCAGCCCUGCAGCAAUUCGGGCAAGAACCAACCGGGACGCAACCUAAAUGGGAUUUUGACGUAUACACCAAGCUUAGAUAUGGGUCUAGAGCGCUCAGACAGGCUUGAUGAGAAGAAUGCUGGCGACAAAAACCCCAAAGCAACCGGUUCCAUCAGUAUAUCAUCACUUCCGAUGCGACUUUUUUACUCUGUGAACCGACGAGUUGCGGUCUCCCGGCAUCACCACCAGCAACAACAACACCAAAGUCACCGCCACCGCCACCAUCGUCUGCCUGAAAAGCAGCUCAUCACUGAAAGCGAACCUUCUGCCAGCACAACAAACAGCCUCGGUCAUCGAGAUCGUGUAAGAGGUGAGUCGGUCUUGACGAUUCGUUCUUCUCCAGCCUCCUUUGUACUUCGAUUCCGGUCUGGAAAGUUUACACGAGGUCCGAAUGGCAGGCAGAUUCCGUCCAAAAUAGACGAAUGGUCGACAGCCUCCGUUGCACCGUUAGAACCGUUGCUACCCUGCGAUCGGGUCCAUUCGGCCCGUACCGACUUUGAUCGGGCCGUCACUAAGCCAGAGGUUCGUGAGGACUCUGGUAACCUAGGCCCCUGGACUGAGACCUGUCAAAAAGGAAGCCAUAGCAGGAAUAAGUGCCAACACCCUAACAGGGACGGAGUGAUGGGUCGAAGUCAUGAAACCGCUGGUGGAGUUGGACACGAGGCUGCCGCCGAACGGACCAGCAAAGGGCUUGUCGGUGGCGAAGGUGAGGCUACAGGAAGUGAAGAUUGUACGUGUGUUGACGGAAGUGGUGGGAGCAGUGGCAGCGGAGGAGAUGGGGGAGGCGGCUCCGAAACAGGCACAGGAGGCAUCAGUGGCAAUUUCGCAGGUGGUGGUGCUGAUGGUGUUGGGAAUGGCGGUGACUCUGGAGCUGGCGGAAGUGGAGGAGGAGAAGGAAGCGGAGGAGUAGAAGGAGGGGGAGGAGGGGGAGGAUCAGGAGCAGGAGGAGGUGAGCGAGGAAGCGGAGGAGGAGGGGGAGCAGCAGGAGGAGCAGGAGAAGGAGGAGGAGGAGGAGAAAGAGGAGGAGAAGGAGAAGGUGGAGAAGAGGGGGGAAGAGCAGGAGGAGGAGAAGAAAGAGGG